AUGCAGAGACGACCAGUAGCAGUAGCUCGACCAAUGGUACGCCCCGCAGCUGGCGGAGCCGGUAAAAUGGGUGGAUUAUUGGGUGGCUUAGGUGGUGCUAUCACUUGCCUCUGUUGUUUAUCGGCACUCGGUUUAAUUGGCCUUUGGGUAACAUUUAUCCCAUUCGUUGCAUUCUUUAAAUAUGCAUAUGAUCAAGAUGUAAGAGCCUAUGGUGGUAGCCCAAGCAUCCAAAAUCUUCAACAAAUUGUUUUACUUCUGGCAAUUUGUCUAUUAUCAAUUCGUUUUGUCAAACGGCAAAUGAAUACAUAA